UGAUCCACGUCUCUUUGUGGAUGGGAUCAGCUCCCAUGACUUACACCAAGGCCAGGUUGGGAACUGCUGGUUCGUGGCUGCCUGCUCCUCCCUGGCAUCCCGGGAGUCUCUGUGGCAGAAGCCUGAUGGAGGCCGCCAACAUGGUCAGGAGGAAAGUGCGUUUUCAUCCAGGAGGAGAGAAGUUAAAAGGGGAGCUUAUUGCUGUGUGCAGCUGCCUGACUGUAGAAUCAUGGAAUGGUUUGGCUUGGAAGAAACCUGUAAAGGUCAUCUGGCUCCAUGCCUCCUGCCAUGGGCAGAAACACCUGCCACUGGACCUUGUUGCUCAGAGCCCCAUCCAGCCUGGCAGGGGAGUGUGGACAAGAUGGAGCCAGGCUCUUGCAGGGAUGCACAGCCAGAGGACAAAGGACAGCAGCACAAGCUGCAGCUUUUCUUCAGCAUGAGCUCAGUCAGACCCUGGAACAGGGCCCAGAGAGGCUGUGGGACCUCUGUCCAUGGAGAUACUCAAAGAUGGACUGGAUGAAGCCCAGAGAAAUAUGAUUUAACCCUGAAGUGAGUUCUGCUUUGAGCAGUAGGUUGGACCAGACUUCUCCAGAAUCUCAUUCCAGCUUGAAUUAGCCAUGAACCUACACUCAGAGAAAGCCACUGCCAAGGUGGCAUCCCUGGCAUUGUUUUCUGAUAAUGAGCCAAGGUUGUCAGGGAGGUUGCCAGGGAGGCUGACAUCAGACAUCCCUUCCCUAUAGAUUAUUGUGCACAGCAGCACUAACAGUUCUGGAUCUGCAAAUGAGUCGAGAGGGCACUCAGGGGAAGCCCCAGAGGUGUUUUGCGUCACCGGCCCAGGUUGCCUAGCGCUUCUAGGGCUGUGGAGAAGGGACACCAGCCCCAGGGGCCUGCCUGAUCUUUCCCCCUGCGUGUCCUGUUUGAGAGCCACACGCUGCUGAGCAGAGGAGCAGCCAAGGUGAUGGCAGCUGAGGCAGGGACGCUUGCGCUGCCCAUCACCUGCGAUGAGCAGCUCACCCGGCGCAUGCGGCUGCGAUUCCAGAGCCUGCAGCAAAAAAACGUCAGGCCCCAGGACGGUGAGAAGCUGCUGCGCCCCAAUGAGCACAUCUACCGAGUGGAUUUCAUCCAGCAGCACCAACUGCACUUCCUCCGCUGGGACGUGCAGCUGGAGAGACCGGGGAAGGUCACGGUGACUGGCACCUCCCAGCACUGGACUCCUGAUCUCACCCACCUGAUGAACCGACAGCUGCUGGAGCCGGUGGGCAUCUUCUGGAAGAGGCUCGGGGCCAAGGAGGUGGAGUGCAAUGAGGCAGACGCCCAGGAAUUUGGGGAGCGGAUAGCAGAAUUAGCUGGGAUCCGCAAGGUGAUGUAUUUCCUCCUCACUUUCACUGGUGGCCUCGAACCGGCUCAGCUGAAGGGCUCCAUUGUUUUUAAAGCCUGAUUCCCUCUUGCUCAGCUUUUCUUGCUCCAGCUAUGCCUCUUUCAGUUCAGUUCUUUGUUCCAUUUUUACAUCUGGUGUUUUUGAAUGAGAGGCAGCACUGAGGUAAAGCAGAGAACAGCUCAGUGCCUCUGGAGCCCCUCAGCCCUGUGAAAUAUUCCCCAAAUGUGCUGCCCUCUGUCUGAAUGAUGGGGAGAACGAGACCAUGAGCUUGCUGCUGCA